AUGGCGCUGCUGGAUAGCACGUUACUGACAGACCCGUCUGGUGCAGGCAAUCCGGUGCCGCCCCAAGCGCCCGGUGUGCUGUGGAACAGCGUCCUGCAUCCUUCCAUCAACCAGUCAGGCUUUGUGCAAGACCCAGGUUACUUGCAGAGGAAUGCUCAGAUGCCACAGCACAGCUCUUCCCAGUCCGGCUCAGCCUUAUUUCUCCAUCUGCCUUCUGGAGGACAGAUGCACGCUGCAGUGGGGCCAUAUCAGCAGAACUGCACGGGAAGCCACAGACCCCAGGCCGGGCAGCACAGCCCUCAAGGAGCUUAUCCUGUGAGGCCUAACCGCAGCGCUCUGCCCGGCGCCAACUUCUGCAGCGCAGGACUGGGAGGAAGCAUGAACCCGGCAGCAGCAGGGAGCCAGUUGCAUGGCAGCGUUCCUCCUCAUCUGGGGGCAGGGAUGCGCCCCCCAGCAGGUGGCAUGGCUCACAGAGCACAAGGAGCAGCCGCCGUGUGUGCUGCUGCCAGCGCCAUCCAGAACUGGCCACCCGGUUAUCCCAGUAUGAACCAAGGGGGAAUGCUGGGCACUGGACCUCCUUACGGACAGGGAACUAACAGCAUGGCUGGUGUGAUCAACUGCCAGGGCCCACCUUAUCCCAUGGGUGGGAACAUGGCUAACGGCUCUGCAGGGGUGGCAGCAAGUCCUGAAGUGAUGGGUCUGGCGGAUGUCAAAUUAACUCCUGCAACUAAAAGAAGAAAGAAGGGAGAAGAGACCCAAAAAGCAGAACUCCAGUCAAAGAAUCCCAGGCGACCAAUGGACAGCAGCUGCACCCCACCUGCCAAGCGGCUCAAAGCGGGGAUGCACAGCGUCCCAUGCAGCGCCGGGCAGGGGCAGCUGCAGCAGCAGCCCAGAGCUCUGGAGAAUCGCACCGCUUCCAGCAAAUCUGCAUCCCUGCAGCCAGGGAGGGGAAAGAAGGCAGGACCGCCGAUCCCCGCCACGCACGUGGCACCGGCAGCGGAAUGGCCUGCCAGGAAGCGACGGGCCGCCUCCUUCCCUCCGGGAUCGGUGGAAGCUGCCAAGCCAGUGUUACAGAAAAGGAGGCGGCUGACAGCAGCAGAUGUUGGAGCUCCUGCAGCCUGGAAGGUGAUGAUGUCUCUGAAGUCUGGGCUGCUCGCUGAAAGCACGUGGGCCUUAGACACCAUAACUGUCCUGCUCCACGACGACAGCAGCGUCGCGUCCUUUGACCUCAGGCAGCUUCCAGGCCUGCUGGAAGUCCUGGUGGAAUAUUUCCGGCGCUGCCUGAUCGAGGUCUUUGGAAUCCUGGAGGAAUACGAGGUGGGUAUUUGCCCAGGGCAAAGAUCACUCUGUGGGUUGGAGGGCGCCCACCUGCUCUGGCAGCUUGGCGGCGGAGAUACCACUGAGCACAUCCAGACCCACUUUGAGAGCAAGAGAGAGCGCUCCGCGGCUGAGAGCAAUGGAAAUGCUCAGGAAGGGCAGGCUCCUCCAUCUGACAGCUCCUCAGCAAUUCUGGAGGAUGAGCCUCGCAGCAGAGACGAGGCCCCACUCUGCCUCACCCACGACUGGCAGGGCUCUCUGGCGAAGCGCUGCAUCUGUGUCUCCAACAUCAUCAGGAGCUUGUCGUUUGUGCCGGGCAAUGACACCGAGAUGUGCAAACACGCUGGGCUGCUGCUGAUCCUGGGGAAACUGCUGCUCUUACACCAUGAGCACCCAGAGCGCAAGCAGGCAGCCCUGAGCUCGGAGAGAGAGGAGCUCGAGCAGGACCAGGGGCUGAGCUGCGGCCAGGAGGAGUGGUGGUGGGACUGCCUGCAGGAACUGCGUGAGAACACACUGGUGACGCUGGCCAACAUUUCUGCCCAGCUGGACCUGUCCCCUCUCCCAGAAAGCCUCUGCUUGCCCAUCCUGGACGGACUCCUCCACUGGGCAGUGUGUCCAUCAGCAGAGGCCCAGGACCCUUUUCCAGCGCUGGGGUCGAAUGCCGUCCUCUCCCCUCGGAGCCUGGCAUUGGAAACGCUCAGCAAACUGAGCACCCGGGACACCAACGUGGAUUUGAUCCUCGCAGCUCCCCCCACCAGCCGCUUGGAGAUGCUGUACAGCACCCUGCUGCAUUUCCUCUGCAACAAAGAGAGCCCGGUGUGCCGAGAGAUGGCGGUGGUCCUACUGGCCGCCUUGGCACAGGGGGACAGCCUGGCAGCGAGGGCGAUUGCCUCGCAGGAGAGGAGCGUCGGCGACUUGCUGGGCUUCUUGGAGGACGGCCUGGCCGCCGCGCGGUGCCAGCAGAGCCAGGCCGGCCCGGUGCCCGAGCAGAACGCGCCCUGCGAGCCGCCGAGCAUGGACAUGAUGCGCCGAGCGGCUCGGGCGCUGCUCGCCCUGGCUGAGGCGGGCGAGAGCCGCUCACAGUUCACGCUGCACAAGUCACGGCUGUUGGACAUCUCCGUGUCGCCCGCAGUGGAUUCCUUGGUCUCCCAGGUUAUCUGCGACGUGCUGUUCUUCAUUGCCCGGCCCUGA